UCUAAUUCUAUAUAUUGAGUUCCUAUUUCAAUUCAAAACCCAUUCACUCCUUUUCUGUCGAUUGCCAUUUACCAUUCCACAUAAUUGAUUCUAUUCUCCAAUAUUGUAUUGUGUCAACCAGGGAAAUGGCAGUGCUGAGAAUUUUGAUAAGUUUGGCUGUGGUAGCCAUGUUCAUCCAACUAUCCAUGGCGGCGAAUUACACGGUUGGAGGAACAAAUGGAGGAUGGGAUACAUCCACCGACCUGCAAUCUUGGGCCUCUUCUCAAUCUUUUCAAGUAGGCGACAAUCUAAUUUUCCAGUAUAUAGCAAGCCAUGAUGUGCUUGAAGUUUCAAAGGCCGACUACGAUUCUUGCCAGUCAACUAGAGCAGUUCAGUCGUUCAGUGAUGGCAACACAGUCAUCCCUCUCUCUUCUCCAGGCAAGAGAUACUUCAUCUGUGGAACAGUAGGACAUUGCAGCCAAGGAAUGAAAGUUGAAAUAACCACUCUAGCAACAUCUUCACCACCAUCGAUAUCUCCUGCAACAUCACCUACUGCUACCCCACUCAGUCCUGCUAAUCCACCAGAUUCCUCAGUCACUCCCAGUACUUCCCCAGCUCCAGAAAUUUCUGCCCCUUCCCCUGAAGAAUCGCCAAAAUCUGCUCCAACAUUGUCCCCUACAUCUUCAUCCGACUCACCUCAGAGCAGUCCUCUGCCUUCCUUUGAUGUUCCUUCAACAUCCCUUCCUCCAAGUGGUUCUUCACCACAGCUACCUCCCUCAUCAGCUACCAAAUGUGGUUUCGAAACAACUCUCACAAUGGGGUUCAGCUUUGGAUUGCUGAUCCUUUUGUGCCUUUGAAGAUCGAGUGUUCCUUCUGGCAGGAAUUGCUAUAUUGUUGAGUUAUUUCUUUGAGCAAAAUUUCUUGUGUUAAUUAGUCUUUCUCGUUUUCUAGUGUACGGUACAAUUGAGGAAUAGAUUACUGAUAACAACAUUCAUCGUCA